CCGUUGCACAAACACCAUGAGAGGUGCGGAGCUCGAGCUGCUGCCCCAGGACCUUCUCUGAAGGAGAAAGAAAACAAGCGUCGCGCCGAGCCCAGUCGGUACUCAGCGGCGGAGCCGGUGCGGGCCUUCCUUACACCCCCCCCCCCAAUACCGGGGGGAGGGAAACACCGGGACCGAUGAACCUGGCCAGUCAGAGCGGGGAGGGCGGCAGCAGCCAGCUCUUGUUCGCCAACUUCAACCAGGACACCACGUCCCUUGCUGUUGGCACCAAAUCUGGUUACAAGUUUUUCUCGCUUUCAUCGGUGGAUAAAUUGGAACAGAUCUAUGAAUGCACUGACACAGAAGAUGUUUGUAUUGUGGAACGACUGUUUUCCAGCAGUCUAGUAGCUAUUGUGAGCCUUAAAGCACCCAGAAAGUUGAAGGUUUGUCACUUUAAGAAAGGAACGGAGAUCUGCAACUACAGUUAUUCUAAUACAAUUUUGGCAGUCAAGCUAAAUAGACAGAGAUUGAUAGUAUGCCUGGAAGAGAGUUUAUAUAUUCACAAUAUCAGAGAUAUGAAAGUACUGCAUACGAUCCGAGAAACUCCUCCAAACCCCACAGGACUUUGUGCACUUUCCAUUAAUAAUGAUAAUUGCUAUCUUGCGUACCCUGGAAGUGCAACAAUUGGGGAGGUACAGGUCUUCGAUACUAUCAAUUUGAGAGCUGCUAAUAUGAUCCCAGCUCAUGACAGUCCACUUGCUGCUCUGGCAUUUGAUGCAAGUGGUACAAAACUAGCGACAGCCUCUGAAAAGGGAACAGUAAUCAGAGUGUUCUCCAUUCCAGAGGGACAGAAACUUUUUGAAUUCCGAAGGGGAGUUAAGAGGUGCGUCAGUAUUUGUUCGUUAGCAUUCAGUAUGGAUGGAAUGUUCCUGUCUGCAUCCAGUAACACAGAAACAGUACAUAUCUUCAAACUGGAGACGCAAAAAGAAAAACCGCAGGAGGAGCCAACCACAUGGACUGGUUAUUUUGGGAAGGUGCUCAUGGCUUCUACUAGCUACCUGCCUUCCCAGGUCACUGAGAUGUUCAAUCAAGGCAGGGCAUUUGCGACAGUCCGGUUGCCAUUCUCAGGGCACAGAAACAUUUGUGCAUUGGCUACAAUACAGAAGAUUCCUCGGCUAUUGGUAGCAGCGGCAGAUGGUUAUCUCUACAUGUAUAACUUGGAUCCACAAGAAGGGGGCGAGUGCACACUAAUGAAACAGCACAAGCUAGAUGGUAGUGUGGAGUCAGCCAAUGAGAUUCUGGAGCCUUCACCGCAUGACCGACCAUUAGUGUCUCAGACAUACAGUUCACCUGCUGCCAAAGUUACUUAUACCCCUUCAUCGCCAACACGACAUGCCUAUCCGGAGGACCAAGGAGCAGUGGGCGGAGUUGAACCAGAUGAUGAUUUGAACAUUGGCACUCUGCGAAUAGAUGAAGACAAUGAGACUCCUCCCUUGAUUCUUAAGAGCGAGUGAUCUUUGACUUGUGAACUGGCACAUGUUGACAGAAUGAACACUUGCAAUUGACUGUAUUGUGAUGCUGCUACAGACUUUUAUCGUUGCAGGACAGAAAGUGAAGUAUGAAAGGAAAAUUUUAAAUAAAAUUGUAGCUGUAGCUUAAUUCUUUAAUAUUGGGUAAGAAAUAUAUUGUUUUUUUCCCCCCAGUGGCUUUUAAUUCCUGUACAAAAUUAGAGUAAAUGUCUUAUUUUUCCUCCUUCUGGCCAAAACAAGACAAUGCUGCCUGCUGCAGCUUGGAACCUAUUUGCUUUGCAUGUUUUCAUGUGCCAAGAGUUGAGAGUUUAGAAGCCACUAUAAUAUUGCCAGUCUAGCUGUUUUCCUAUUGACUUCAUCUCUAGUUACAUCACUCAAAUGAAAAAAUUGCGCCAUGUUGUUCCUCCAUCCUGGUUAAUAGGUUUCCAAAACGUUGUAAGGUAGCAACCCCACCCAAUCCAGUUUUCUUUUAAAAAUGAUAGAACAUUCUUUCUCGCUUCCUGUAUUUGGGAUUUCAUGAAAAUUUGUUCAGCUGCUGAAAUCAGACUCUAAUGUGAAGUUGUGGUCCUUAGAAUUUCAGUCUUUUGGGGCAAACUGAUCAUUUUUACAGGAAAACACUUGCCCCAAAUAGGGAUGGUUCAUUGAGUGUGACACUAAAAAUGAAUCUUAAACUUAAUCCUAAGGGUUUAAAUAUUGAGUGAAUAUUUGUAAUUUGCUCUGAAAAUAAAAACUGGUAUACUGUGUUUUUGAA